AUGCGAUACAUACAGUUGUGGGAUGCCCGUCGCGACACUAUUGUACAAGCUGACUGGAGCGAUAGGGUCCUCCCCUCUCCCGACCCUUACAUGUUGUGGUAUCGGCGACAUACACACCUACUUGUCGGUAAUCCGAGCCACCUGUCCGAGGACGGAUAUCAGGGAGUUGGGCCUUCUCUCGAGUCAUUGGUGGUUCGAGCUGGGAGGUCAUAUCACUUGGCUGAGGACGCCAUUUUCAGACGUGAUGGACAGCUUGGUCUGCAGGCCCUUGUAGAGAUCAAAGAGUUAUUGUACGAGGGGAUCCAGCAUGCCCAUCGGGUAGAUCGUCUGCAUUUUGGGGACUACGGUGUACACAGUGCAGCAGCUGCUCCAGACACAUCAGUCCCGUCCACGUCAGUGCCUUCCAGUUCAGCGCCAGCCACAGCAGGUCCUUCGACUUCAGUCACCCCACCACAUGAUACCCCAUACAUUUCUCCAUAUUCCCCACACGUACAUCUUACCCCUCUUAAACCCGCAUGCUGA